UGCGCGCAGAGCCGAGGAGGCCUGAGGUUUGCAGGCACCGGGGGGCGCGCAGAGCGCGAGAGGGAAGCCGGGGCGCACCGGGGUACCUGAGCCGGGCCAUGGACGUGUACCACACCCCCGCCGCCGCGCUGGACAGCCUGGUGGCCCGCAACCUGAUGCCGUCCUCCGAGUUCCUGGCGGCUGCGCGGCGCACCCUGGGCGACCUGGCAGCCUCCCUGCGUGAGCGCGGGGGCCGCGCGGCUGCCCAGCCUUGGAGGGUGCUGAAAAUCGCCAAGGGAGGCUCUGACGGCCGGGGCACGGCUCUGAGAGGUGGCUGUGAUUCCGAACUUGUCCUCUUCCUCACCUGCUUCAAGAGCUACGAGGAUCAGCGUGUUCGCCGGGCAGAGAUCCUCAGCGAGCUGCAGACCUUGCUACAAUCCUGGUGGCAGAAACCCUUCCAUGGUCUGAGCUUCGAGUUUCCUUGGCAGGACAGGCCUGGGGUCCUAUGGUUCCGCCUGGCAUCCUCGGACCUUGAACACUGGAUGGAUGUCAGCUUGGUGCCGGCCUUUGACGCUCUGGGGCCACUCAAUUCCAACGUCAAACCCGCGCCCCAGGUCUACUCGACCCUCCUCAGCAGCGGUUGCCAGGGCGGCGAGCACGCGGCCUGCUUCUCAGAGCUGCGGAGGAACUUUGUGAACACUCGGCCGGCCAAGCUGAAGAACCUGAUUCUGCUGGUGAAGCACUGGUACCGUCAGGUGUGCCGGGAGGAGGCAAGGAGGGAGGUGCUGCCUCCAGCCUAUGCCCUGGAGCUGCUGACCAUCUUCGCCUGGGAGCAGGGCUGCGGGAUGAAUGCCUUCAGCCUGGCCCAAGGCCUGCGGACCGUGCUGGGUCUGAUCCAGCAGUAUCGGCACCUGUGUGUCUUCUGGACCCUGCACUAUGGCUUUGAGGACGCUGCGGUCAGCCGCUUCUUGAGGCAGCAGCUCGAGAGACCCAGGCCUGUGAUCCUGGACCCAGCUGACCCCACGUGGGAUGUGGGGAACGGUGCAGCCUGGCGCUGGGAUAUACUGGCCCAGGAGGCAGGGUCCUGUUACGAGCGCCCGUGCUUUCUGCAGGCGGCAGGGGGCGCUGUGCAGCCCUGGGAGGGGCUUCGCCUUCCACGUGCUGGGGCCGCAGGUUUAGACCACCCCAUCCAGCGAGACUCUGCCCAGAGGCCCCCUGAGGAGAACCACAGUCUCCAUGCUGUGCGCCCCAGGACUGGGGGCAAGCGGCCCUCAGGCCCAGCUCCUGACCCCUCGGGGGCAGCCAGCAUCAUCCCUUCCACGCUGGGGACGGCUUCAGAUCUGUCCCAGAUUGCUGCCAAGGACCUGGACCGCUUCGUCCAGGACCACCUGAAACCAAACCCCCAGUUCCAGAAGCAGGUCAGCAAGGCCAUCGAUGUCAUCUUGAGUUGCCUUCGUGAGAAGUGUGUCUACAAGGCCUCGAGAGUCAGCAAGGGGGGCUCCUUUGGCCGGGGCACAGACCUGAGGGGUGGCUGCGAUGCCGAACUUGUCAUUUUCUUCAACUGCUUCAACGACUACAAGGACCAAAGCGCCCGCCGCCCACAGAUCCUUAGUGAGAUGUGGGCACAGCUGGAAUCCGGGUGGCAGGACCCAGUCCCUGGCCUGAGCCUCAAGUUUCCUGAGCGGACCGUGCCCGGGGCUUUGCAGUUCCAGCUGGUGUCCACAGCCCUAGAAAGCUGGAUGGAUGUGACCGUGCUGCCAGUCUUUGACGCCGUGGGGCAGCUCUGCUCUGGCGCCAAACCCGCGCCCCAGGUCUACUCGACCCUCCUCAGCAGCGGUUGCCAGGGCGGCGAGCACGCGGCCUGCUUCUCAGAGCUGCGGAGGAACUUUGUGAACACUCGGCCGGCCAAGCUGAAGAACCUGAUUCUGCUGGUGAAGCACUGGUACUGUCAGGUCGCAGCUCAGAACAAAGGACAGCAGCCAGCCUGUGCCUCUCUGCCCCCAGUCUAUGCUCUGGAGCUCCUGACCAUCUUCGCCUGGGAGCAAGGCUGCGGGAAAGAUUCUUUCAAAAUGGCCGAAGGCCUAAAGACCGUCCUAGAACUUAUCCAGCAGCACCAGCAGCUCUGUGUCUACUGGACAGUCAACUAUAGCUUUGAGGACCCGGCUAUCAGAACACACCUUCUUGGCCAGCUUCAGAAAAAGAGGCCCCUGGUCCUGGAUCCUGCUGACCCCACCUGGAAUGUGGGCCAGGGCAGCUGGGAGCUGUUGGCCCAGGAAGCAGCAGCUCUGGGGACACAGGUCUGCUUUAGGAGUGGAAAAGGGACGUCUGUGCAGCCCUGGGAUGUGAUGCCUGCUCUCCUUUACCAAACCCCAGCUGGGGACCUUGACAAGUUCAUCGGUGAAUUUCUCCAGCCCAACCGCCAGUUCUUGGCUCAGGUGAACAAGGCCGUCGAUGCCAUCUGCUCAUUUCUGAGGGAAAACUGCUUCCGGAAUUCUGCCAUCAAAGUGCUCAAGGUGGUCAAGGGCGGCUCUUUAGCCAAAGGCACGGCUCUGCGAGGCCGCUCGGAUGCGGAUCUAGUGGUGUUCCUCAACUGCUUCAGCCAGUUCACUGAGCAGGGCACCAAGCGGACUGAGGUCAUCUCAGAGAUCCGAGCCCAGCUGGAGGCAUGUCAGCAGGAGAUGCAGUUCGAGGUGAAGUUCGAGAUCCCCAAGUGGGAGAAUUCCCGCGUGCUGAGCUUCUCCCUGACGUCCCAGACGAUGCUGGAUCAGAGUGUGGACUUUGAUGUGCUGCCAGCCUUUGACGCCUUAGGCCAGCUGGUCCCCGGCUACAGGCCCCCGUCUCAAGUCUACGUCGACCUCAUCCACAGCUAUAACCACGCUGGCGAGUUCUCCACCUGCUUCACGGAGCUGCAGCGGAACUUUAUCAUCUCUCGGCCCACCAAGCUCAAGAGUCUGAUCCGACUGGUGAAAUACUGUGCAACAAGAUGCUCAAGGGGAGAGGCUCCCUGCCCCCCCCAGCAUGGGCUGGAACUCCUGACGGUGUACGCCUGGGAGCAGGGCGGCCGGGACCCCCAGUUCAACAUGGCCCAGGGCUUCCGCACUGUCCUAGAGCUGGUCAGCCAGUACCAGCAACUCUGUGUCUACUGGACUGUCAACUACAACGACAAGGACAAGACUGUCAGAGACUUCCUGAGCCGGCAGCUUCGGCAGCCCAGGCCCAUCAUCCUGGAUCCGGCUGACCCGACGGGCAAUCUCAGCCACAAUGCCCGCUGGGACCUGCUGGCCAAGGAAGCCAUCGCCUACAUGUCUGCCCUGUGCUGCAUGAACAGGGACGGCACCCCCAUCCGACCAUGGCCAGUGAAGGCUGCUGUGUGAAGGCCAGAGUCCAUGUUUGUACCAGAUAGAUGGAAGGACACCAGCCCUCGGCAUGAGGAAACUCAGGGACACCUACCAGAUGUGUGUGUGUGUGUGUGUGAGAGAGAGAGAGAGAGAGAGAGGGAGGGAGACAGAGAGACUGAUCCAGCCUCUCCGUCCAGCCUCCCCACUCCGUGCUCUCCUCCUACUCUGUGCAGCCUACCCACCUGAUAUCUGUGGGUCUGUGGGCUGGCAGCAGCCUGGGUUCCCAGCCUCCCCGCCAUGCCUCUGCUCUCGGACAGCGACGGUUGCAUCCCACACUGCCCCUGCUGAGAAUGUCCUCCUCCUUCCCGACUUCUGUGCUUGUCCACACCAGCUCAUGUCUGCUGCUGAAACCCCUCCCUGUCCUGCCAGUGGCCUCUCCUUCUUCCCCACUCCAACAGCUUCUCAC